AUGACUAGUACUAUUACUCAGUCCCUGCCUCGCUCAGAGCCGCCCUCUCACACAUCUGUGACAGCAACAAGCAUAGUUGCUUGUAUCACAGCUAUAUUGUUUCUGCUCUAUAUGUUGUCCUUGAUUUGGAGUUUUCAUAACUCCCGGAAAUCACCCAUACCCACCAACAAGUCUUCCGGUCGAAAGAUACAGUCCUUUGCUCCAUUUAUCUAUGCCUUUAUGGUCAUCACGGCUCUAGCUGAGGCCGCCACGUCGUCUUGGUUAUUAGUUCAGUACCUCAUACACGGCAAUUACCCAAAUAUUCUCACCCGUACCGGAGCUAUCGUUCUAUUAUCCACCGCAUGCUGGACAUGCUUAACUGCAGGGCUGUAUACACUUAUCUUUUUGCAUCCUGCACACCGAUCCCAUCCCGUCUCGUCUGUGGGCUCUCAAGGGCUUUGGUUAUUGAUAACGUGGCUGCUUUGGAUUGCCGGCGCUGCGAUAGUCAAUAGAGCUCUUCCUUCCUUGAUAACCCGAGGCAGUUGCCUUUCGAUCGUGUACUGCGGACAGUUGCGAACGCUCUUUGGUAGGUUCUUGCUCUUCAAACGCGGUAAUAUUCUCACAUUAUAUUCUUAG